AGACUAGACGAUCGUCGGACCAUGGCACACACAUUCAGACUGCUGCUCGGACCUUGUUUGUUGUUGUUUGCUGUUUGCCCCCGCGCGGAAUUGACGCGCGGCACAGACAGAGUGUACUACGUGGGGAUCAUUGAGGACGAGUGGGAUUACGCACCGAGUGGAAAAAACCUUCUUAACGGGAAAGACAUCACAAAUGAUGAACAUGCAUCCAUAUUCCUGAGCCGAGGAAGUCAUCGCAUAGGCAGUGUGUAUAAGAAGGCGAUGUUUCAACAGUACACAGAUGCCACUUACAGUCACCUGGUCCCCAAACCUACCUGGCUAGGCUUCCUGGGGCCCAUACUGCGGGCUGAAGUUGAUGAUGUUAUUGUGGUCCAUCUGAAGAACUUUGCUUCCAGGAACUACUCCAUGCAUCCCCACGGAGUCUUCUAUGAGAAGAAUGCAGAGGGAGCGCUCUACCCAGAUGGAACCUCAGGCAGGUUGAAGCAGGACGACGCUGUUCCUCCUGGAGGAAGCUACACCUACCGCUGGGAAGUCAAACCGGAGUUUGCCCCCACUGAGGAUGAUGCCAACUGUCUGACUUGGGUAUACCACUCUCAUGGUGACGCCCCCAGGGACAUUUCCUCUGGGCUCAUUGGGGCGUUACUCACCUGUAAGAAAGGGGUGUUAAAUGCCUCAAUAAUGCGCAGCGAUGUGGACCAAGAUGUAUUCCUGAUGUUCAACGUGGUGGAUGAAAACCUUAGCUGGUACCUGGAGGACAACAUUAACAAAUUCUGCACUGAUCCAACAGGAGUCAACACAGGCGAACAAGACUUUGAGGAAUCAAACUUGAUGCACGCUAUUAAUGGCUUCGUGUUUGGUAACCUGCCUGGAAUCGAGAUAUGCCAGCACCAUUUGGUCGCCUGGCAUUUGUUCGGCAUGGGUAAUGAGGUGGACAUUCAUUCAGCAUUUUUCCACGGGAAUACACUGCUGGACCGUGGCCACCGCACCGACAUCCUCAGCCUGUUUCCAGCCACUUUUGCUACAGCUGAGAUGGUCCCGAAGACGAGAGGAAAAUGGCUGCUGAGCUGCCAGGUUAAUGACCAUUUGCAGGCUGGGAUGCAGGCCUUCUAUGAAGUGAAGUCAUGUGGCAAUGACAGCAGCCCGACGAUGACUGCUGGGGUUGUGAGGAGCUAUUACCUGGCAGCAGAGAAAGUCCUGUGGGACUAUGCCCCUUCAGGAAAAGAUAUGAUUAACAAUAUGUCUCUCACAGAGGCAGGCAGUGCAUCAGAGGUGUUUUUUAGCCAUGAUGGUGGUAAAAUUGGGGGACGCUACUACAAAGUGGUGUACAAGGAGUAUACAGACAAUACUUUCACCACCAGAAAACAGCCAACGUCAGAUUUAGGCAUUUUGGGUCCUGUUCUGAGAGCAGAGGAAGGAGACACUCUCAUGGUGACCUUCUUAAAUAAGGCUGACAGGAACUACAGCAUCCAGCCUCAUGGUGUGCACUAUGAUAAACGCUUCCAAGGCACCAGCUAUGAGGAUGGUGUUGACAAGCCUGGAGCUCAGGUUGGUCCUGGAGAGAAAUUCACUUAUACCUGGGAGGUACUGGAAGGUCCGUCUUCUUCUGAUUCUUCAAGUAUCCCCUACCUGUAUUACUCCGCUACUGAUCCCACUCGGGACACCAUCUCUGGCUUAGUGGGUCCUCUACUCAUAUACAAGAAAGGAACAUUGGGAAAAGACAGAUCACAGGAUGUAGAUAAAGAGUUCUUCUUGUUAUUUUCCGUCAUGGAUGAGAACGCAAACUGGUACUUGGAAGACAGUAUUAUGGCUUUUGGUACCAAUGAGACAAAUCGAGAAGACGAAGACUUUGGGGAGAGCAAUCUGAUGCACGCUGUGAAUGGACUCAUGUAUGGGAACCUGAAUGGACUGGAGAUGUGUGCAGGGGACAAAGUCAGGUGGUACACCUUUGGUCUAGGUACUGAGGUGGACAUCCACGGUGUUUAUUUUGAGGGCAACACCUUCCAGAUGCAGAGCACAACACGUGACACCAUCAGCCUGUUCCCUCACACAGCUGCUGCGGUCACCAUGCAGCCAAACACACCGGGUGUGUAUGAAGUGAGUUGCAGAGUGACCGACCACUUUUCAGCUGGCAUGAGGCAACAGUACAGAGUGAAGAACUGUUCGAGGCACAAGUCAAAGCUAAAGAAAGCCAGUCCUUCUAAUGUUGUGGAGUAUUUUAUCAGUGCUGAGGAAAUCGAGUGGGACUACUCACCUGACAGAGACUGGGAGCUGGAGAAACAUCACGCCACAGCAGAAGACAGUCCAGGCAGUGUAUUUGUGGAGAGAGGGAAGAAUAGAAUUGGCUCACGCUACAAGAAGGUUGUAUACAGAGAGUAUACUGAUGGCACCUUCAAAACGCAAAAGCAGCGACAGGACAGCCAGCAACACCUGGAAAUUCUGGGUCCAUUAAUCAAAGCAGAGGUUGGAGAGCAGAUCUCGAUCAUCUUCAAAAACAAAGCCAGCCGGCCAUACUCGAUUCAUGCCCAUGGAGUUGUAACCAGUGUCACGCAUGUUCCAGUCCAACCUGGCUACGUUUUGGAGUUUAAGUGGGACGUUCCUCACACCUCUGGUCCAGGAGUCUCAGAUCCAAACUGCAUCUCUUAUGCAUACUACUCAACGGUUGAUUUCAUUAGGGAUCUGUACAGCGGUCUUCUGGGGCCUCUGGUGAUUUGCAUGCCUGGAACUCUGCACCGUGUUCAGGGUCUGGACAGACAAAGGAAAGACGUGGAGAAAGAGUUUGCUCUGCUCUUUAUGGUGCAUGAUGAAAACCAGUCCUGGUAUUUGAGGGACAACAUUAGAAAAUACCUCAACACGGAUCCAGAUACCUUCAAACCAGACGAAGGCUUUGAGGAAAGUAACCUGAUGCACGGGAUCAACGGUAAACUGUACGGAAACCUCCACGGGCUGGUGAUGAUGCAGGGUCACAAAGUAGACUGGUACCUCCUGGGCAUGGGCAACGAAGUGGACAUGCACACUGUUCACUUCCAUGCUGAGACUUUCACCUACAAGACGGACCGCGUGCACCGUGCAGAUGUUUUUGAUCUCUUCCCGGGGACUUUCCAGACUGUUGAGAUGGUGGCCGGGAACCCUGGGACAUGGCUGCUCCACUGCCAUGUUACUGAUCACAUCCAUGCUGGCAUGGAGACCACAUUCACCAUCAAAAAGAACUCCUCCUCACGUGAUGAAGCUUCCAUAAAGAUUCUACUCAUCUCUCUGGCACUUUGUCUAUUGAAGGAUCUUUGAUGCUGGAUUGGAAGAUUGUAACUAUAUCCAGUGGUUGGCAAUCUACUUAUGGAAUCCAGGGGAUUAGUUCACAGUUUAUGGACUAUAUCAACAGCCUGGUGGAAGCAAGAACGUUUUUAUAUAGGGGUUAUUUUUUUUUAAUUAUACCUGGAAGGUUACAAUAUUUAAUUUAGUAUGUUUGCCUAUUUUUGCAAAGCACUGAUGCACCAAAUAUAUGACGAUCCAGUUACGAAUGUAAAAUGAAAUCAUGAAUUAUCUCUGUUGUAUAGUCUGAUGUCUUUUUUUUUUUAUCUCUACUUAAUGUCACCUAUCAUGUAUAAAGCCACUUGGAAGAGUCUAUGCAACAAGAUAUUGCCAAGAAAAAAAAAAAAAUUAAUGGCUUUUGUGUGUUUCAUAUCUUUAGGAAGCUGUGAUGUAGAUUUUUGCUCAAUUAUCCAAUCAUGUCUGCAGUUCAAAAUAGAAUUUUUUGACACUGUUAUAUACUUUAAGUCUCGAAGGAAAAAUUGAUUGUAUGUUAAACAUAUCAAUAAAUGAGUUUGCUAUCUUGCAAGAACAACAUCCUUCAUAAGGA